AUGGCCACCUUGAAGAAGACUAUGUUUGAGGAAGUCAGGUUUGCAGAUGCAAAGAGCGUCCUUGAUUCGAGGACCCUGGGCUACAACCAGAUCCGGCUCUUGCCGAAAGGGAGGAACUUGCGCCCCAUUAUGAAUCUUCGAAGAAGAGUCAUGGCGAAGCGCGGCCCGAAAACACUGGGGCCCAGUAUCAAUACCAUACUGAAGCCUGUUCAUACGUUUCUGAAGCUGGAAGGAGCGCGCAACCCUGAAAAACUCGGGUCCACCUUGUUUUCUGUCAACGACAUAUACACGAAGCUGAAGAGCUUCAAGGCCAGCUUAGGCCCCAAUCACCAACCACUAUACUUUGCAAAAGUAGAUGUGCAUGCUGCCUUUGACACCAUUCCCCAGGACGCCGUGGUACGACUUAUGGGCUCUGUGCCAAGUCAAGAACAAUAUGAGAUAGCGAAACAUGCAGAGGUGACACCUGGUGAGCGUUCCGUCGCAGAGGCGGCCAGGACGGUGACCAAGCCCUUGUGUCGAUGGUACGCCACAGCCCUGGGAGACGGCGAGUCGGCAAACUUCCCAGACCGGCUGGAGACCAAUCUCGGUACCGGCAAAAAGAACACGGUAUUCAUUGGCACAGCGGCGCGCAGGACGUACGAUGCCGCCAAUCUGCUCGGCCUCCUCGCCGAGCACGUUACGAGGAACCUGGUCAAGAUUGGGAAGAAGUACUACCGCCAAAAGGUUGGCAUCCCCCAGGGGUCCAUUUUAUCGUCCUUUCUAUGCAACUACUUCUAUGCAGAUCUCGAAGUCCGCUACCUGGGCUUCCUCAACGAUGGCUCCUCCGACAGUCUCCUGCUCAGGCUCGUUGACGACUUCCUCCUCAUUACGCUUGACAAGAGCAAGGCCGUACGGUUCGUCGAGACCAUGCACCGCGGCAUACCGGAAUACGGCGUCGAUGUGAACGCCAAUAAGACCAUGGUCAACUUCGACAUGGAGCUGCGGGAUGGGCCGAGUGAAGACGUCGCCGAUACCCUUACCGUCGAAUUUGGAAGAUGUCCGGGACAGAACUUCGAAAGAAAAGUCCUGAACACGUUCAAGAUCCAGUCGUACCAUAUGUUCUAUGAUACGGAGCAUAAUUUGACCAGCACAGUCCUCAUGACGCUUUACGGUGCCUUUUGCGAGACAGCUACCAAAAUGUGGGCAUAUGAGCCAUUGUGA